ACAUGCUGAAACUUGAUUACUGGGCGGAUCCUCGUUAGUUCUCCUCGGUUUCUGUCACUAGUACACACCUGCAGAGCUCACCUGAGGCAGUUCCUCAUCUUACUGCUCACUCCAACGACUGACUUCAGCAAACGGCGAUGGCCGGGGCGAUUUUCGCAGUGUUUCUGUUUUCUGUGGCAGUGAAUUACCAGACUUGGGCUAUAACCGUUGACAUCCAAGAAAUGACUUAUGAAGUCGCCCGAGGUGACACCAUUACGAUACCCUGCACCUUCAAAACUACAAAAACAAACUUCUCAGCAGUCUCCGUCGACUGGACAGCUCACGGAGAUGUUGACACUGAUCCAGAUAUUGAAAUCAUCUCUGGAUUUUAUCCUAAAAAUGGUGAUCCAAUUGUUGAUCCAGGAGAUGGGUAUCAGGGAAGGGCAUCUCUGCAGUAUGACUUGGCUAAAGGGAUAGCAAACUUGCAGCUCAGUUCAGUGACAUCAAAGGAGACAAGAGUGUUUCAGUGUAAAGUCAGCAUUCCUGGUGACAAGACAGGAAAACUUUCAGACACCACUAAGAUUGUGGUUUUGGUGGCUCCUUCUGUACCCGAGUGCAAGAUUGUAGGAAAAGCUGAGUAUUUCCAGAACAUCAACCUUACCUGUAAAUCUUCGGAGGGCACUCCAACACCUGCAUAUAAAUGGGCAAGCUAUGAUGUCAAGAAUGCUCUACGACCCAAUCCUCUCAAGUCCACUGAUGUGAAUGGGGUUUUGUCACUUUACAAUAUCUCAAUGGACACAAGUGGUUACUUUAUCUGCACGUCAAGCAAUAAAAUUCGCUCAGCGACCUGUAACCUGACUUUGGCCGUCAUGCCGCCCUCUAUGAACAUCGCAUCAACGGCAGGAAUAAUUGGCGGGGUUGUGGCUGUUAUUGCCAUCCUGGCAGUCGUUAUUUGCUGUUGCUGCUGCCGUAAGAACAAGGACAAUGCAGAGGAGUAUAACAUGGGGGUUCCCACAAAUUCCGAAUAUACAGACAAGGAGCCUCACAAGAUUGAAGAACAUCAAGAUGAGCGUGUCGAGAGCAAACCUGAGAAGAGUGCAAACCAACGUGACCAGUAUGAAGACCGACGCGAGCAAGACUACGACCACCGUAGUGAUCGCUACUCUGAUCGCCGAGAUGAUUAUGACGAUCGCAGGACGAGGUCCAAUGAUCGCCUAAACGACCGGUACGACGACCGCUACGACGACCGGCGCAGUGACCGGUACGACGACCGCUACGACGACCGGCGCAGUGACCGGUACGACGACCGGCGCAGUGACCGGUACGACGACCGGCGCAGUGACCGGUACGACGACCCACGAAAUGAUCGUCGUGAUCAGUAUGACGAUCGCUAUGAUGACCGUCCCAAUUAUCGCCGUGACCGCUGAUAACCGCCGAGACCGCUAUGAUGACCAUGAUGGCCACUAGAAGGCUUAACUGCAGAUGUACCUACCAACGUUAUUUUAAGUAACUGUAAUUAGAUUUUUUUUUUUUAAACCGGUGUUGCAUUUAAAACUGCCAAAAGAGACAAAAGAUUUUGCAUUAUGUGGACUAGCUGAAUGAAACUAACCAGCUUUUCCAUGUACUGCAUGAUCAUGGACAUGGCUUACCCUAAUCCUCAAUCCUUUAGUUAUAUGGUGAUUGUUUUAUUAGAGCCUCUGUAGAGCUCUGGGUAAUACACAGGCUGGCUAAUUAUUUUAGAUGCUCAAACUGGCACUGUAGAAGAUGGCCUGCUUUACUUUGCUGUAUAUAUUGUACAUUUGACCAUAGAGCCUAAAAUUGGCUUGUGGUUGACCAACUGUGACAGAAGAAAGCUUCAUUGUUUCACAAUGUUUCAGUUGAAAACGUAUGAGCAGCUAUUGCCUGUGCUGUAAUGGCCGUAAUCACAUCCUAACAAAGGCCAUCUCUCGAAAGAUCAAAGAACUAUUUUUGAAGUGCUCUGUAUGUUUUUCCUUCCCAGUUGUUGGGUUGUUGUGCUCUUCUGUAGAUUUUCUCUUAUGUUUGCUUUUAUACGUCAAGAUCUCGGAUGUAUUUAUGCAAUUUAUUGUAUAUUAUGGCUAUAAUUGUGUAUUUUAAUAAAAUCGUGUACACUUUUACAAA